AAUGCAUAAUCAGAGACAAGCAACAUUCAUUCGCCGUCAUCCGGCUUAUUAUUCGACAUUAGCGGCCGGAGGCGUCCCAAAGCGUCAGUUUACCAUUCCGGAAACUUCUACAUCAAUGACCUACAAUGCAAAUCCAGUUAUACCCUAUCCAGCAAACCUACCACCAGGAUUGAAUGUUCUCUAUCCCGGUAAAAGGUUUAAAGGAAGAUCUGUAGACGUUCCUGAUGCCCGCACGAGUCAAAAUAUUUUAGAAUCACUAACACCACCAACUCGCCAUAGACCUCAAAUGAGCGCUUUGCAAGAAGAAUUUAUGCGAGAAUAUCUAUUACAAGACAGAGUUUUACCCGGAAAUCAAAUGCUAAUUCCCAGUAUUCCUAGUGCUUCUAGUUCUACUGAAAAUAUGACAACUAUCACUCAAGAUUCAAUUGCCACUACACCGGCUACAUCGGCUAAAUGGUCUUCUCAUUUAAAACGGAAGCUAUCGUGGAGAAAAACCCCCUCAACUAGCAUUGAUGAUGAGUAUUGGAGUGAGGAUAUGUUACCUCCGAGUUACGCUAAUAUGACUAAAGCUAAUAGGGAUAAUCAGUCUUGGGUAGAUCUUAUGGUACCACCUAGCUACCAAACCAAACCUUCUUCCAUUCCAGCUAAAGAUUUAAGCGUCGAUUUGCUAAAUAUAGGCCAGCGAAGAAUUAGGAGGCAAGAAACGCCCAUACAUACGUCUUUCUUACUGAAAGAAGAUCAAGAUAUUGAAGAAGAUGAACAUUCUUCUCGUGUAUCAUGUACAGGUUCUUUCUGCAAAGUAUGCAUGUCAGCAUUCGCCCACAUAACGGCCUUAAUUUGCAUAAUUUUGGUGAUACAUUUCUCAAUAUGCUACUACAAGUCUCUGGCUCCUAAGGAAUUACCAACAGGGACAAAAAAUGGCCUCCUCAUUACAAACUUAAAAGAAACUUCUUCUUAUAAAACUGCCCUGAUAGCUUGCGCCUGCAUUCUGGCGAUUGCAUACAUAUUAAUAUUCAUAGAAGCUCACACCAGCCAAUCUAGGGCUUAUAUUCACAAUUAUAGAACGAAGGAAGAAGCUUUGGUCUAUAUCGAGGUCAUGAAGAAGACAAAUCCGACAAUUAAAUGGCAUGUGGAGUGCUUCGAUUUAACUAACACUGAGGAUAGUUAUAGCGUUGUACAUGUUGUAAGACAUUCUCAAUCUGAGGUUUAUCAACAUAGAGGCUGUAAGGAUAUUUCUUCAGAUCCGCCAAUUUUUGCCAAAGGAACAAUCUGCAGGUGCUUUACGACCUGUCACGUAACAUAUUUUUCUGGCGGAAAGAAGAGAAAACCUGUUAGAAAACUAUGA